CAGGAUUUGUGUGCCCAUAUUUGCAGUGUGUGAAAAUAUCAAUGUAAAAAUACGAAAUUAAAAAUACAGACGCAUAGAUAAAAGAAAACGGAAUAACAUCAAAAGACGCGGGAAUAUUUUUAUAACUAAACAAAUUAUAACAACAAAAUAUAAAAAACGGCCUCACCAUUGAUCAAUUUUUGCAACUGCAAGAGAGGAUACGAAACUUCGAGGGCAUGCUUGGCGGCAGCAGCGGGGAGCGUUUAUGCACGCCAAGCACUUCGGCCGGUCCAUUUCGCAUAUUCUCCGUGGCCGGUUUUCAGAAUCGUGCCAACGACAUUGUCUACUGCCCGCCAAUUGUGCGGCAGCAGUCGCAACAUGUCGACGAUUCCAAAGCGAUUAUCUACUUCGGCGGCGAUGUGCAGGACUUUCCGGAGAGCAUGGAAACGAAUCGGGACAGUCGCGGGUAUAUGAAGUACAAUCUGGAAAAUUCUGCGAUAUUGCUGCGUGAAGCCUUUCCGCGCUCACAUAUUAUAGUCAUACGGCCGGUUCGCAUGGAAUUCAAGACCUUCAGCUGCUUCGAUAAUUUCGUACGUGGAAAUAAUGCUGGUGUGCCAGAUCAUACGCCCAUGAACCAUGCGCUGCAACAUUUAGAAAAACUGCUACAGAAUCUAUCGCAACGUCUGAUCUCAAUACCCGAGAACGAGAUACUCGAUCAGGCGGCGCAAGCCGCGGCAGCAGCUGCUGCCGUUGCUGCAGCUGCAGCAGCCGCAGCGUUGACGCUCUCGAAUGCCACGGUAAACUCAGAGUCUAGCUCAGCCUCAGCGGCGGCGGCGGCGGCCAAUGACAGCAGUCAGGAAAUGGACAUAGACAUAUUGCAGGUGCAGGAAAAUGUUACAGUAGAUGCAGAUGGCGCCGUGAUCUUUCCCAUAGUUUCCGCUGGCACCACGGAAACGGGCACAACUGCAAAUAAUGUGGUGAACAACAGCAACAACAAAGACGCUGUCGCAAACAACCAUCAGGAGUCAAACAGCCUACAACAGGAGCAGCAGCAGCAACAACAACAACAACAAACAGCUGCAAAGGCAAACUCAACGCCAGUGAACAAUGUGGAGCACUACAACAACACAAACAGCAGCAACGAUUGCGCCGCGUCGCAACCGACGCUGCCAACGCAGCCGCAGCAACCACGACCGACUACGCCAGCGGCCGACAGCAAUCCAUUGUGGUGGCGGGAGAAUCUGAAUUUGGACAAGUCCAAGCUGGUGCUGAUUGGCUUCAGCAAGGGCUGCGUCGUGCUCAAUCAAUUCAUCUAUGAAUUUCACUAUCUGAAAACGUUGACGCCGGACGACAGCAGCAUGUGCCGGCUGCUAUCACGUAUAACAGACAUGUACUGGCUGGACGGAGGUCAUGGUGGACAGAAGAACACAUGGAUCACAUCACGGAGUCUGCUAGAGACACUUACGCGAAUGGGCAUGAACAUACAUGUGCACCUCACACCCUACCAGGUGCAGGACGAUCGGCGGCCCUGGAUACGCAAGGAAGAGAAACUGUUUACUGAGAUGCUGCGGCGUUUAAAUGCGCCCAUUACGCGACACUUGCAUUACGAUAAUCAGCCGGCGAAUCUGAUGACGCACUUUGAAGUACUGCAGGCAUUCUGUCAGCAUGUCCAUUCCCUCAAUCAACAGCAGCUUCAGCAACAAGCUGGCAAUGAGCAGCCAAAUGUGGCCACCAACAAUGGCGCUGGCAGUGGUAGCAACAAUCUGCUGGAUGGCAGCGAUGAGGCAAAGUGACAGCUUCAAUUGCAUCCCCAUCAUCAUAGGCGGCGUUUACAUGCGAUGCGCAAAGGCGCCGCCGCAGCUAAGCGACAGCAGCUGCAGCAGCUACGCCAACAGCAACAACUGCUGCUCUCAACGGACGCCGCCUCUUCAUCGGCAUCUUCUCGCUUGGCCGCUGCACUGAUUUCAUCGGCGGUGGCUCUCAGUGCUGUAACGAGUUCAGCCGCGGCUGCCACUGCGAGCCUUGUAAAUAAUCAUCAUCAAAGCCAUAUGCAACAACAACAGCAACACAGUUUAGCACGCCCUCACUAUCAGCAACAGGCGCAUUCACAGCAGCACUCCCACAGACACCAUCAUCACCAUCACCAGCCAAAUCAAUCGCACAACCAUCAUCAGUGUCGCUCGAAACGCAAACUGCAAAAAUUGUAUUAUACGCUUUGCCGUUAGACUAGUACACCUAAUUAUAAACUAUCUAUACAUACAUCAUAUGCAAUUCAUUUUGUUUAAGUGUAGAUUAAGUUACCCUCAACUCAACUCUCUCUUUUUAUACCUAUUAUGUAAAGCUAAGUUUAGGUUCAAAUAUUGUGUCAAUUGUUGUGCUGAAACAGAUUCUAAUUGUAUAUUUUUUCUAUAAUUUAUGUUUGAUGUCCCAAAAAUAUUUAUUUAUUUUUUUUAUUAUACCAUAUACAUUUUUUUUGUCUUAUACAUAUCCCCUUUUCAUAUUGUCGAAAGCUUAAGCAUAAAAUCUCGUCAGUGCAAUAAUACAUCUCUUUUAUAAUUUCGUAUAUGCAAUUUUUUUACUACCCUUCUUAUUUAGAACGCGCACGUAUUUAAAUCAUAUUUAGACGUUUCGAUCAAGAGGAAUUUAUAUGAAAGUAAAAAUGUAUCCACGCAAACAUAGAGCCGCAGUAUCCAAACAAUAUUCAAUAUAGAAAAGAAAAGAAAAACUCUGAUUAAGUAUUACUUAGCGUUAAGUAAGAAUAACUUAAGUUCCAAAAACCUUAAAACACAUAGGCUUACAAAUUCAAUUAAUCUUAAUAGUAAUGCCUUUAUUGUACUUUAUUUAAUGAAUUUUGUAAGAUUACAAAAACGAUUUUGCUCUAUGUAUUGUGUACGUAGUUGAACUUUGUACUACGGAACUUUAAGUAGCCCAUCUCAAUGAAAAUAAACAACAAUUCUAAAAUAACAAAAACGUUCCUUAACAAUACACAAAAAUAAAAUUAAAUUAAAAGCAACCAUCAAAUCCCGGUUACCACUUAUAUAACAGAUAAAUGCAUACACCCUCCUAAACUUAGCAUACACAGUGAUUACAUACUUUACCUAAAAUAUCGCUAUUAAUCUAAUAACAACCGUUUCGUACCUUUUAGAAUUUGCAGUUCAAAAUUGUCAGUAAAAAUUAUAUGGCUUGAAAGUAAAGUAAAUAUGCUGCGAAUUUUAAACCAAAAAUGAAGACAUUAAAUGAUAAUGUUGAUAAACAAAGCAUUUAAUUGUGCUUGGAAUUUUCUUCAUUAUUAAAAUAGAGUUCUAUGUAAAACUGGCUUCUGAUUC